UAGAUUUUCUUCUUCUAAGGUCAGCACAAUCCAUUAAACCUGCAUUAGCAGGCUUCUUGAUUUCCACAAUGAGAAAACGUGUGAUCCAAAUAUCUGGCUUCUUGAUUUCAUCGUUGGGAUGGCUGUUUGUGCUCUGCACCAUGGCAAUGGACUAUUGGAGGAUUACCAAACUCGGAGGGCAAGGAGGCUCGUACAUCAUCAAAGUGGCCUGGUACUGGUCCAACCUGUGGAGCGACUGUUACACAGAUUCUGCGGCUGUGACCAACUGUAGAGAAUACCCAGUGCUCUGGAAUGUUGCUUAUUACGUGCAGGCAGUGAGAGGAUUGCUAAUGUGCGGGUUAACUAUUGGAUUCUUUGCUGUAGUGUGCUGCUUUGUCGGGAUGGAGUGCACUUACAUCGGCGGAUCUGACAAAACCAAGGACAAAGUGCUCUUCGCGGGAGCAGUGCUUCAUUUUGUUGGUGGUAUGUCAGACAUUGCUGCCUACUGCUUAUACAUCAACAGAAUUGCCAGGACAGCUUUUGCUCGAAAGGUCGCAUCAGGAGUUUUGCGAUAUGAAUUAGGAUCUCCAGUUUUUCUAGGAUUGGCAGGAGGCUUUUUCAUCCUAGUCGGGGCUGUUCUUUAUGCUGUGACAGUGUAUAAAGUAAUCCGCAGAAAAAGCAGAGUAGUACAAGCCUGUGAUGCUCACACGUACAUGGCGCCUCCAUCCAGAGGAAGAACCAUUUAUUCCGGAUACUACAAACCCUCCAAGCUGUAUGGGUCUAACUAUAUGGGCUCAGGACGAUCAAGCGCCCAACUUUCAAAGCUUCAGGCAACACCAACGAAACCCUCAGACAGAGAUGCAUUUGUCUAGUUGGUCUGUUUUAACUCAAACAGACAAUGCAAUAGUUCAACUUGUAGAUAGGAGGAAAGUAAUUUUUUGUCAUGUUUUGUUUCCUUUAGAUCACUUCAUACUCAGUCAUAUUCACCUCGUGAAUAAAACAGAUGUGCAGUCUUAGUCUUGUGUUUGUACCAGUGGUUGUCAUAGUCUUGUGUUUACACUUAUGUUAUAAUUGCUGUGAUUUAACCAAAAGCAUUUUCUGUCAUUAAGAAUCUCACUGAAACACCUAUGACGAUGAACAGAUGUAUAUAUCAAUUAAUAUAUCAAUAUCACUUUGAUCACCACCACACUGCUCAGUUUAAACCUUCGAUAAAGAUGUCCAAUAUUUUAUUGGCAAAAUCACACCUUUAUAAAGACAUUAGUGCAAUUAUUAUGCAUUUCAUCCAAAGAAAUGAGUCUUCUCCUUGUUUUAUGUGUAAAGUAACAACUCAAUGGUGCACAAAACUAAAACUAUUCUCGUCGGGAGACUGAGUAUCAACAACAGCCACGCUGAUGGAAAUGAUCUUUCCAAAACAAACAGGUGCAGUCUGAGGCAUAACAUGUUAUGGUGUUCUCUUGUAGUUGUGUGUCUGUGUUUAAGUGUGUAUAAAGGGGACUUGGAGAAUUUAAAAAAAACAAAACAGAUGAACGAUAGAUAAACCUGUGUAUUUAUACAGAGGUCAACACAUGAAAAGUGGCACUGUACAAGAUUUUAAACUUUA